AUGAUGCUCACAGAACAGUCGCCUCACACAUACCCCUCAACACAUGCCCGGGAUAUUGUUCUAGCUGGUAAGGUCGUCGAAAAUGUGUCCAAUCAAGCUACCAGCACAUCGACCUCUUCGUCUUUUCAGUUGAAGAAUCACAACAUCGUGACUUCGUCUUAUGAGGCCACACCACUAACUGAGGAGAACAAAAUCGAUCGCAAGUCUUCUUGCAUCGAGAGCUCAUCCGAGACAGUGAAGAGACAAGACACGAUCACCGAGGACCAGAUUGAAGCGCCUCCCAAAGUUGACGUUCUGUACUCGCUCCAUCUGCUCAGAGGUGAUGGAGGCGGAGCGAAGAGCUAUUACAGAGACACUCCUUUUGGCGGAGUCGACCUCGGAUUCUCAGGAUUCGGUGAACCGGAAGAAGACAACGAUGCUGCUGUUAUAUACGCAAGUGCUGAUAUCAAAUCUAAAGACCUCAACGACAAAGCAGGCAAUACAGAACUAGACUGGUCCAUGAAUCGUGCAGACUUCAAUUUCGGUAAAAGGUUCAAAUUAGACAGCGUUGUUGGUCAGUACAUUCGAAUAAGGUCUGCUCGCUUAAUUGAAGUUUUGGAGUCGGUCAUAGACUACAACCCCGACUUAUAUGCGGCAGGACUUGAAAUUCAUCAUCUCGACACCGGGUCAGGCUGUUACAAUACGCUUGUGCUCUACUACGAUGAUCUAUACCGCCUUUAUCGCAGGUAUGCGGGCACCCUCUCCACCGAUACACAACGCGCUGAUGCCUUUCGCGGAAUCAAUCUACGUGAAAACGCGCAAAUUGAUCAGUUCUGGGAUCCCAUGGCAUCAUCAAAUCUCGAAUGGAGGUGGGACAAAAGAACAGCCGCCGACUUAGCAGCUCUUCUACGUCUCAUCGGACCUCAUUAUGAUAGUAGAAUUCCGGCGAUCAUACGAAGAUUGCAACUAGAUCAACCUCGGAUACCAUUCGAGUACUUGUGGUUCUUGUAUAAGCCAGGAACCGUGGUAUACAUGCGCAAGGACGAUCGAUUACAGGGUCUGGUCGUGGCCGCUGCGAAGAGAGAAGAGAAGAAUUUAUCGUUGCGCUCCGAGGGUUUAAAUCACUUGACUCGUUACGAGCUAGCGGCGUGGUAUUACGAAUACGACGGCAAGCUGUUGAAACGUACCACGGUUCUCAACCACAUCAUACAGUACGAGGGCGAUCGCUCUGUGAUGGAUCUACCCUGGAUCCCAACCAGAAUGGGCGAAAUCGUCAUUGAUCCGGCCGAGUACAACGAGAAGCUCUUACAUCAAUUGAAUCCCCGUUUUAGUUUUAUAUAUGCUAGACCUGUUGAGUUCGAGCCUGGAACGAGUGCUGUUGAGGCCAGCAGGUAUCUGACGGCCAGUGAGCCUGAGGAUGGAAGAGGGUACAGACGUUUCACGGACUACCACGAAAUUGACCCAAAAGAUCCGGAGAGUGUCAAGCUAUUAUAUCCAGACGGUGUUCUUAUCCUUCCAGCUCGUGUGGGCGGACUAGCUUUGGGCACCAAGCAAUGGAUGAGAUUCCACGUCGAAGACAUCAGUAUGGAAGCCCCGUUUACUCGGGUGAAACAGCUCAGAGAGCGUCUAGUUAUCAACGAUGACGACAAAGAGAUCUUACAAACUGUACUACUCAGAACCGCAGCCAAACAUGCUGUGCAAAGUGACUUCAUUCGUGGAAAAGGGGAAGGUCAAGUGUUCCUACUGCACGGUCCGCCGGGUACUGGAAAGAGUCUGACGGCCGAAUGCCUCGCGCACGACACUCAAAGACCUUUGAUCUCGCUCACACAAGGUGACUUGACCGAAUUCAAUCAGAAUCUGAUAUCAGAAAAUUAUCUGCGAAAAUGGUUCACACUUGCUGCUAGAUGGGGCGCGAUCCUCCUCAUUGAUGAGGCAGACAUCUUUCUGGAGAAGCGCAAUGCUAGCGGGGAACAUAAUUCUCUUGUUACAAGUCAGUAUCGCCUCGUGUAUAUGGCAUGA